AUGGGCUACGGUUAUCGCCAAGUAUCCCUUCUGCCUCAUUUUCAUCAGCGUCGUUUUCACCUUGAUAUGCUGUCUUUCUUUUACUUAAAAACUCCUUAUUCGAUCCACUCACUCCCAUCGGAGAACUUCUCGGAGAACAAGCCAGAAGGAUACAUCCUCCAGUUUGAAUUUGAAAACAAGCAUCCUACGAGAAAACUCAUCGAAGAAACAACGAAAAUUAUCCGGAAUCAUGAAUAUUUGUCGAACAACUGUGUUCACGGAGAAUCGCUAAAGUCGGGAAUUCCACCAGAGCUGUCAAAAGUGAUCCCGAAUCAUUCCUGUCUCAUCUUUUCGCCGGCGAAUCUUCCUGAUUCUGAUCACGAAUUUCCGCGAAAUAUUGAACAGUUAUUCAAGGGAAAGUUCUAA